AUGUCCUCCAAUUCUGAAGCCUCCCCCAUGGAAACUGUUUCUCCAUCCGAACCCGAAUCAACACCACCGCCACCGCCAGCAUCAGCAGAAGUAGCUCCGGCCGCCGAUGAUCCGGAUUCUAACAAUGAAACCCACGAUGAUUCUUCCAAUGCCCAGCAGCAAUCCAGUGAGAUUCAGGCGGUAGAAGAAUCAGACCCCAUCACGGACGCGCACCCGAUCCAGUCCAAUGGCGAUUCGGAUCGCUCGACGCAUGAAACCAAUGAUGAUUCUCGGGUCGAGGGCAACUCCAAACAACUAAGUAAAGGGGAAGAAGGCAGCCGGACGUUUACGAUGAGGGAAUUGUUGAACGAACUGAAGAAUGGUGAGGUAAACAAUAAUGUAGAUUCAUCAGAUGCAACCCACCAAAAUCAUGCUGAAGAAACGGGCACCCCCUACAGCCAAACCAGUUCACAUCAAAUGUCUGAGCAGAAUAAUGCUGCCAUGGAAUUGCUUGACAGUGUAACUGGUGCUGAUGAAGAGGGUCGAUCACGCCAACGGAUUCUCACUUUUGCAGCCAAGAGGUAUGCUAGUGCUUUAGAGAUCAAUCCAGAUGACUAUGACGCACUCUACAAUUGGGCUUUGGUGCUUCAGGAAAGUGCAGACAAUGUAAGCCCGGAUUCAGUCUCACCUUCCAAAGAUGCAUUACUUGAAGAGGCAUGCAAAAAGUAUGAGGCAGCCACUCAACAUUGCCCUACGCUUAAUGAUGCAUACUAUAAUUGGGCUAUAGCAAUCUCUGACAGAGCAAAAAUCCGUGGUCGUACAAAGGAAGCUGAAGAGCUUUGGAAACAGGCAACUAAGAAUUAUGAAAAGGCUGUUCAACUCAACUGGAAUAGUCCUCAGGCACUCAACAACUGGGGACUUGCUCUGCAGGAAUUAAGUACCAUUGUCCCUGCACGGGAAAAACAAAAGAUAGUGAAAACUGCUAUUAGUAAGUUUCGUGCAGCUAUACAGUUGCAAUUUGACUUCCAUAGGGCAAUUUACAACCUCGGCACUGUUCUGUAUGGAUUAGCAGAAGAUAUGUCAAGAACAGGAGGACCAAUAUCUGCAAAAGAGAUUUCCCCCAAUGAGUUGUACAGCUUGUCGGCUAUCUAUAUUGCAGCUGCACAUGCACUAAAGCCUAGCCACUCGGUAUAUACUAGUGCUUUGAAGCUUGUUCGGUCCAUGUUACCUCUUCCCUAUCUGAAGGUGGGAUAUCUGACUGCCCCUCCUGCCGGAAAUCCAUUUGCUCCUCAUAACAAUUGGAAGCGCUCUCAGUUUGUUCUAAACCACGAAGGCCUUCAACAGAUUAUCAAAGCUGACCAAAGACAAAGCCUGUCAUCAUCGGGAGAUUCCAUGAGCUCCUCUAGUAAACCAGCAAUAAGAGUCGACGUUCAAGACAUUACCUCUGUGUCAGCGUGUGCUGAUCUUACAUUACCACCUGGAGCUGGACUCUGCAUCGAUACAAUUCAUGGACCGGUUUACUUGAUUGCUGAUUCUUGGGAAUAUUUGGAUGGAUGGCUUGACGCGAUUCGAUUAGUCUACACCAUCUUUGCAAGGCGGAAGAGCGAUGUUUUGGCUGGUAUUAUUACUGGCUGA